AUGAUUGCUAUCUUGGAUGUUACUGAUGGCUCAUCACAUGAACAUUUUUUGUUAUUAAAAGUAAGGAUUAGAUCAAGAACAGUAAGUGAUCGUCUUGUAACAGUAAAUUAUCGUGAUAUAACUGAUUCAUAUGAUUCUGAAAAAGGUUUAUGUAGUUUUCAAAAUCUUAAAUUUGAUUUUAAUUGGAAACAAACAUAUUUUUAUGUUGAAUUAUAUAAUGCACCACCAUAUGAUCAAACAACAAAUAUUAUACAAGUUGUUAUACAAUGUAUAUCAUUGUCAUAUUAUAUGAAUAAUACAAUUGGUAUUCAAUUAAAUGUUUAUAUAUCUGAUCCACGUUUAAAUACAAAUAAUUUAAUAUGGUCAGCAGAUCAAAUUCCUGAUUCAUUUUGGUAUUACAAGAAAUAA